AUGGAGCUUACCGCAGCCCAUGGCCAAUCUCCAGCCCAUCAUUCUUCUUCACCCUUACCUCUGUCGCCCGCGGAUGAACCUCCGGCGGACCUUACCUUCAUACCUCCUCUGGAAAACCAGGAACUGCCCGACCAGGAGUCAACAGAAUCGAUUAAACGAGGCGGAGGAAGGGCAGAGGCAGAGGCAGAGGAGGAGGAGGCAGAGGAGGAGGAGGAGGAGGAGGAGGACGAGGAGGAGGAGGAGAGGAGGAGGAGGAGGAGGAGGAGGAGGAGGCUGAACUCGGCUCUCAUCUCUUAUUGCUGA